UCCAUGGGAGCUCACGCGAGGUUGAUAUCCAAGAAAGUUUUGUUAACGAAACAUCUCAAAUUAUGCAAACAAAUCACGAAUUUUCAACGGAAAUCAUUGUCAACAAAUAACUCGCAAUACUGCAUUGAUUUAGUGAGGAAAAACGAUUAUGAGAGUUUCCUUUGUACCCUCCUGCUCCCACAAGCAGCUAGAUCCUCUGUAUUUGCUCUCAGAGGCUUCAAUGUUGAGACAGCGACCGUUAACGACACAGUUACAGAACAGCACAUAGGCCUAAUGAGGAUGCAGUUCUGGAAGGAUGUCAUCACUAAAAUAUAUCAGGGAUCCCCUCCCCACCAUCCGGUUGCCAUGGAGCUGUACAGAGCUGUCCACAAGCACAACCUAUCCAAACGGUGGCUGUUGAGAAUCGUUGAAGCAAGAGAACAAUCCCUGAAUGCCAGAACGUUUCAGAGUGUUGAAGAUGUUGAGAACUAUGCAGAAAACACAGCCUCAUCACUGCUAUAUCUUACACUGGAAGCACUUGGAGUGAAAGAUGUGAACGCAGACCACGCAGCGAGCCACAUUGGUAAAGCACAUGGCAUUGUGACACUCCUCAGGGCUACACCAUACAACAUCAGUAGGCAACAAGUAAUGCUCCCAAUGGACUUAACCAUCAAGCAUAAUAUAUCACACGAGGCAAUACUAAGACGAAGUACCGAGCAACCGAUGAAGGAUGUGAUUUAUGAUAUAGCAAGUGCAGCUCAUGUCCAUCUGGAAAAGGCUAGAUCCUUCAAGUCCAACGUGCCGAAAGAGGCGCUCCCUGCCUAUCUACUCACAGCGGCGACCGAGGCUUUUCUUCGGCGCAUACAAAAAAUAAACUUUGACAUUUUUCACAAACACUGUCUGAAGAAGGAACCUCUGAUGCCCCUUCUACUUUGGUUACAAAACAAAAGAAGAAAAUAUUAAAGACACCGAUACUGUUUGUGAUUUGGUAAGUGAACGAAGGAAAAUACUAAAUUUUGUUUAGGCAUAAAAAAAAAAAUUAUGUUGGCCUAACCCGACCCUGGGUAUUUGUAUUUUUUUCAAGGAAAGA